AUGGUCGGAAUUGGCCCCAAACGCCCCCCAUCCCGCAAGGGAUCGAUGCAUGAGCUCCCCCAGAACUUGUUGGAGCAGAUUAAGCAAUUCGAGGACGUUUUUACCGUGGACAGUGCCAAACUUAAGCAGAUUGCAGACCAUUUCGUGAAAGAGCUCGAAAAGGGUCUAAGCGUCGAGGGGGGGAAUAUUCCCAUGAAUGUGACCUGGGUCAUGGGAUUCCCUGAUGGCGACGAGCAGGGAACCUUCCUUGCUUUGGACAUGGGCGGCACCAACCUGCGUGUUUGUGAGAUCACCUUGACAGAAGAGAAGGGCGCUUUCGACAUAACCCAGUCCAAGUACCGUAUGCCGGAGGAGUUGAAGACGGGCACCGCGGAGGAACUGUGGGAAUACAUUGCGGACUGUUUGCAGCAGUUCAUUGAAGCCCACCACGAGAAUGAGGCACUGUCUAAACUACCACUGGGCUUCACCUUCUCCUAUCCUGCCACACAGGAUUACAUUGAUCAUGGUGUUCUCCAGCGUUGGACCAAGGGAUUCGACAUUGACGGAGUAGAGGGCCAUGAUGUUGUGCCCCCAUUGGAGGCAAUCCUCAAGAAAAGAGGCCUUCCUAUUAAGGUUGCUGCUUUGAUUAAUGACACUACUGGCACCCUGAUCGCUUCUUCUUACACCGACUCAGACAUGAAGAUUGGCUGUAUUUUCGGCACUGGUGUCAACGCCGCCUAUAUGGAAAACUGCGGCUCGGUUCCCAAGCUUGCACACAAGAAUCUGCCCCCAGACAUGCCUGUAGCCAUCAACUGCGAGUACGGUGCCUUUGACAAUGAGCACGUUGUUCUGCCCCUCACCAAGUACGACAUCAUCAUCGACCGCGACUCUCCUCGCCCAGGACAGCAAGCUUUCGAGAAGAUGACCGCAGGUCUUUAUCUGGGAGAGAUAUUCCGUCUGGCUCUCCUGGAUCUGUUGGAGACGAGGCCUGGUCUGAUUUUCCAGGGUCAAGACACCUCCCAGCUCCGGAAACCUUAUCUGCUGGACGCGUCCUUCCUCGCAGCCAUUGAGGAGGAUCCGUACGAGAACUUGCAGGAAACCGAGGAGCUUAUGGAGCGCAAGUUGAACAUCAAGGCCACCCAGCAGGAGCUGGAAAUGAUCCGUCGCUUGGCGGAGUUGAUCGGCACUCGUGCAGCUCGCCUGUCGGCGUGUGGUGUGGCCGCCAUCUGCAAGAAGAAGAAUAUUGAGUCUUGCCAUGUGGGCGCAGAUGGCUCUGUCUUUACGAAAUAUCCCCACUUCAAGGCCCGUGGAGCUCAGGCUCUGCGCGAGAUCUUGGACUGGGCACCUAACGAGAAGGACAAGGUGGUCAUCAUGGCUGCUGAAGACGGCUCUGGUGUUGGAGCGGCUCUUAUUGCUGCAUUGACAUUGAAGCGGGUCAAGGCAGGCAUCAGCUGUGGCAUCCGGGAUAUGGCUGAUAUGCAGAGUCUGAUCUAA